UCAUCGCCAGAGUUGUCGUUCGCGGUAGAGAAUUUCUUGCGGUGGCCGUUCGGGCAAGAAAAAAAAAACGUCGAGGUGGAAGAAAAAAUCCGUGUGCGAUCGUGGAAAAAACACGUACCAAAUUCCGUCACCUGCUCGACCCGUCGCGGAAACAGUUCUUCUCCCGGUUUGUGUGUGAGUGUGCGUGCGCGUUUCCGGUGGUGAUUUGUUGUUUUCCGGAACAAUCCGGAUUUUUCGCGGAACCGUCAGAUUGUGGCAGAUUCCGGAGCGCCUUUCGCGGUGGCCACACAGGCUUGUUGUGAUUUGUGAACGGUUCACGCCGGAAUUGAUUUUCUUUGGUUGAGUUCCGGAUUUUAACGUCCCCUCUGAACAAAAAAAAGCGAUCCGGAUUGUCCCGGGUUUGACAGCUGAGAAACAUCAACACAGCCGCAGCAGAAGAAGAGGACCCCUCGGCGCUCCCUCUCUGUUUGUGUGAGUCAGUUGAGCGUCGCGAUCGCAUCCGGACGGAUCUUGGAGCACAGGAUCAUGGCGGCUAGCAGCAGCAGCACGACGGUUCCGAUGUCGGCGUCGUCGGCGAGUCUGGCGGGGGGGACCGCACCGGCGGUGGCACCGCCGACCAACACGCCGUGGCCCAACAGCAAGGACGACUACGAGCUGCGGGAGGUGAUCGGGGUGGGGGCGACGGCGGUGGUGCACGGGGCGUACUGCGCGCCGCGGAACGAAAAGUGCGCGAUCAAGCGGAUCAAUUUGGAGAAGUGGAACACGUCGAUGGACGAGCUGCUGAAGGAGAUCCAGGCGAUGAGCAGCUGUAACCACGAGAAUGUGGUGACGUACCAUACGAGUUUUGUGGUGAAGGAGGAGUUGUGGCUGGUGUUGAGACUGUUGGAGGGGGGGAGCUUGCUGGACAUUAUCAAGCACAGGAUGAAGUCGGUGAACUGUAAGCACGGGGUGUUUGAUGAGGCCACGAUCGCGACGGUGUUGAAGGAGGUGUUGAAGGGGUUGGAGUACUUUCAUAGCAAUGGGCAGAUCCAUCGGGACAUAAAGGCGGGUAAUAUCUUGCUCGGGGACGAUGGGACGGUUCAGAUUGCGGACUUUGGCGUGAGUGCGUGGUUGGCCACGGGUCGGGACUUGAGCCGGCAGAAGGUUCGGCACACCUUUGUGGGGACGCCGUGCUGGAUGGCACCGGAAGUGAUGGAACAGGACCAUGGGUACGACUUUAAGGCGGACAUCUGGUCGUUUGGCAUUACGGCGAUCGAGAUGGCAACGGGCACGGCUCCGUACCACAAGUACCCGCCGAUGAAGGUCCUCAUGUUGACGCUGCAGAACGAUCCGCCCUCGAUCGACACCGGCGCCGACGAGAAGGACCAGUACAAGGCGUACGGCAAGACGUUCCGCAAGAUGAUCGUCGAGUGUCUCCAGAAGGAACCCUCCAAACGCCCCACGGCCAGUGAACUCCUCAAGCAUCCCUUCUUCAAAAAGGCUAAAGAUCGCAAGUAUCUGACCGCGACCCUGCUCGCGACCGGCCCCUCGAUGGCCACCCGAGUCCACAAAGCUGCCAAGCGACAACCGGGCGCGUCCGGCCGCCUCCACCGAACCGUCACCGGCGAGUGGGUGUGGUCCUCCGAGGAGGAAGACAACGGCAAACAGUCCUCGGACUCGGACUCCGAAGAGCCCCGCCCCAUGAACCGCCUCGAGCAGAUGGACUCGUCCGCGUCGGAAACCGAAGACGCCUCGGAACCGUCAACCCUAACCGUCGCCCCCACAACCGACGGCCUCGCCGCCCUCUCCCUGGCCGCCGACGACGACGACGACGGUCUGCCCCCCAUCAACCUGGUCCUGCGGAUGCGGAACGCCAACCGGGAACUGAACGACAUCCGGUUCGAGUUUGCCGUCGGCAAGGACUCGGCCGAAGGCAUCGCCUCGGAACUCGUAGGCGCCGGCCUCGUCGACACGCGCGACAUCGUCGUGAUGGCGGCGAACCUGCAGAAGCUGAUCGACCUGCGCGCCACCGGCCUCAAAACCGUCACCUUCCAGCUGAACUCGGGCUUCGGCAGCGGCGAAACCGCCGACGAAAAGUCCCUCAUCGGGUACGCGCAGAUUUCCAUCACGGACUAAUGUUUUUUGUUUAUGUGUGUGCUUGUUAUGUGUCUGUGUGCGUGCGUGUGUGCGAAUGGAAGCCGGAAGAAGAAACAUUCUAUUUUGAGGGGAGAAACAAAAAAAGUGAGCGCGGUUUUCCUUGUGUUUUUCGAUUUCUUACAUAGGUUUUAAACGAAGAAAACAAUAAAUAGCAAGUUAUUUAGAUUUAGUACCUAUAUUAAUAUAUAUAUAUAUUCUACUCUUCUCUACCGCUGCAUCUAAGUAUAUUUGAGAUAACAAAACAACGCAAAACAUGCCGCCGCAGUCGUGCCGACUGCAGGGUUGUUACGGAACUCGUUUCGGAACCGGUUCUGUGAAAUUAAUUUCAAACCGAAUCUAACCCGAUCUGUUGAAUUUUUCUCCGACUGGGAGUUGCAGCUGUCAAAAAAAAUAUUUUUCAAUUUGGUAAAAAAAAAGAAGUAAUUCUGAACCAUGCGAUCAAUCUCAAUUCGAUUUCAGUGCGAUUAGUUCCUUUUUCCGUCGACUGGGAAUUGUAGCUGUCAAGGCUCUACACUGUUAUUUGAAGACGUCCAAUUACGAAAGACUUCAGCUUUUUUUGUUGAUUGUGUAAUUUUACCUGUUAUUAUUUUAUUUCAAUUGAUCAAUACAAAAAAUUAAUCGAAUUCAGAAAAUAUGCUCUAAGAAGUCUUGAAGUCGCCUCAAUCCUGAAGCGGUUCUUUGAAAUUAAUCUCGCACCGAAUCCAUCACGACUAGCUCAAUUUUGCUUCGACUGGGAAGUGCAACUGUCAAGACUCUACACUGAAAAAUGUCGGGGAAAAAUAUCUUAAAAUCAUAUUUUUUUUACUGACUUUUUAGAGUUUUUCAGUUGAGAUCACCUCAUUCCUCAACCGGAUCUUUGAAAUCUCUAGCUGAAUCUACCCGAUAAGUUAAAUUUUCCCUGCGACUGUGAAUUUGAGCCCUUUAUUUCUCAAAUAUUUAGCUUUUGUUAUGCUAAAUAUGAGCUUUUCAUAACCGGUUCUGUGAUAAUAAUCUAGCACCGAAUCCAUCCCAAUUAAUUCAAUUUUCCUCCGACUGGGAAUUUAAAUCAAUAACAGUAGCAAUGACUAAUAAUUCUGCUUCAUGAAUUUCCAGUUUAUAAAUGAUGAAUGUUGAAUAAAAUUUCAAAAAAAAAACAUAGAAAUUAUUAAAACAAUAUCAGUGAAAGAUCUUUCUUGAAAACAAUAUUUUUAUUAGUUGCUCAGUCCAACUCUCCUUUUCUGAACCGGUUUCGUUAAAUCUAUCUGUCCCGAUUUAUACGAUAUUCCUUCGACUGGGAAAUUGCACUGUUAAAAAAUAAAUAAUGUAAUAAUUUUACAAAUAUAGAUUUGUUUUGUUUUUUCUGAACCGGUUCUAAGAUAUAUUUCUCAAUUAAAAUUAAACUGUUAUAUUUUGAUUUAUAUUAUAUCGUUUCUGAACCGGUUCUAUAAAAUUUCUGAUUUUUUUGCCGAAUUUACCUUAUUUCUGAACCGGUUCUAUGAUAUUAAUCUCCAAUCGGAUGCAUUCCAAUUGAUUGAAUUUUCCUCCGACUGGAAAUUAAAAUUGAGAAAAAAAAUAAUAAAAAUUCCAUAAUACUAGUUUUUUGUUGGUAAAGACUUUUUUCUGAACCGGUUCUAUGAUAUAUCUCUUAGUUAGAAUUCAGAUCUCGAUAAGUUAAAUUUUCCUCCGAAUGGGAAUUUCAACAGUACCCAGUCAAAUCAAUCCGAAUUCUGAAACGGAAUCUAAUUCGAAUCGUACACAAAUUAAGUUUCAAACGCAACAACCGGUUCGAACACGGGACCGGUUGUUGCGUUUGAAAUGGAAUUUGUAUACGAUUCUAAAUAGAUUCCGUUUCAGAAUUCGGAUUGAGUUAACUGGGGAAAUGCUCUACACUGUCAUUUAUUUUUUUCUCAGUUGAAGAUAUGUUUUAAACUGUUGAAUUUUGAUCUGAUAUUUUUUUUUAUUCAAAAACAUUUUUUCUUUUGUAAUUGUAACAUUUCCGAACCGGUUCCAUUAGUUAAAUAUAAAAAAAAUACUGAAUACAAACUUUUGAGAUUUUUCAGGCAAGUAUUGCUAAUUUCUGAACUUGUAAUAAUAAUAAUCAAAAUUCAUUUUUGUUAGUUUUUUUUUUUAUUGUUUUUUUUUUUAUGAGUCGGUUAUAUGAUAUUUUCGACUGGGAUUUGCAACAGUUAAAGCCGUAUCAUUUCUGAACCGGUUCCACAAAUUUAAUAUUCAGAAAAAUGAGCUUUUCAGUCGAGUUCACCUCAUUUCUUAACUGGUUGUAUGAAUUUUCAUGAACAGAAUUCAUUCUAACCGAAUACAUCUCGAUUGAUUCCAUUUUCCUCCGACAGGGAAUUGAAGUUAAUUUAAAUCAAUUUUGUAUUUGUUCUGACCUAUUUAAUUUAAAAGUGAUAAGAAUUCAAAGUUUUGUGAAAGCUUUUUAUUUUCAUUUGAAUGAGUUCAAUAUGUUUAAUAUAAAAAAAGUCCGGAACGAAGAAAUUGAUCAAGAGUUUUUAUUCAAAUGGUCCAAUUACCCAUUUUUUUUUAGUUUCAAACAGAAUUCGAUUUGAAUCGUAUACGAAUUCCGUUUAAAACGAAACAACCGGUACCAUGUUCGAACCGGUUUUCGCGUUUGAAACAGUAUUCGUUUACAAUUCGAAUCGAAUUCCAUUUUUCAAACACUCAAAAAGCUUAAAAAUUAAAAGUUCUUAUUAAAAAAACUCCAGAAUGUUGAUCAUAAAUCUUAUUUUUUCAAAAAUGUUCGAAAAAACUGAAACAUAGAAAUUGUGCAACAUUUUGUCUGUUUAAUUUAUUUUUUUUAACAAAAAAUACUUCUAUGAACUUUUUCCGUCGAAUUAAUCUCAUAUGGGAACCGGCUCUAUGAAUCUACUAUCGAACUGAAUUUAUCCCGAUUGAUUACGAUUUUCUCCGACUGGGAGUUGUUGCUGUCAAAGCUAUGCACUGUCAUUUUAUUUUACCCACUUUCAGAUUAAUUUAACCAUUUUAUUUUUUAUUUUUUUGCUUGAUAUUUUUGUUCUAUAAAAACUUGUUGAAAAGCGAUAAAAUUAAGCAUUUUAUUCGAAUUUGUAAUUUUUUUAACCGGUUCUAUAAAAGCAAUUGAGAGUAGAAUUCAUUUGAAAAUGUUAUUUUAUUUCUUUAUUAAUAAUGUUUGAAACAUAUUUUCGAAUAAAAAAAGUGUUCAUCGGUUUCGAGGUUCAGAACUAAUUCGUUUGCUGAACUGGUUUAGUAGAAGCCAAUUUUAUUUGACAGCACUUCUUUCAAAAUUGCCUCAAUUCUUUUAUUAUUUCGACCAAAAACAACAUCGAAGGGCCGAGGUACACGGAAAUUCGAAAUACCUCCGAUAAAAUUGUAAUUGAGUUGAAUUGAAAUUAAAAUUUAAAAAGUCAAAUUUCAUCUUAUUUCUGAACCGGUUCUCUAUCGGCAUUCAGCACGAUGAGCUGAUCUUUUUUCCGACUGGGAAUUGAAGCUGUCAUAUUCCUACACUGUCAAUCGAUUCUACCCAAUACUGAAUAGAGUUUGAGCAAAAGAAAAAGAUUCGUUUUUUCAGAACCGGGGUUUUUACAAUUAUUUAACACUGUUAAUUUGUUUUAUUCUUUAAAAAUUAAUCUUUACUUACGAUGAAAAUAUUUUUUUUAGUGAUUUUUUUUUUGCUGCAAUAAAUUUGUCUUCGCGCAUCAAAAGUUCGUAACAACCCUGCAAUCGCACGCAUAUAAUCCGCUUUAAAUUGAGAGAGAGAAAAAAAAGCAAGUUAAAACGACUAUACUUAUCACAACAAAACAAAAAGUUGCAAAUUUUAAACAAAUUUAAAACGGUGAAUUAAAAAGAAACAGAGCAGUGCUUUAGCCUUUUCCAAGACCUAAAAAAAUACAGAAAAAAACCUCCUUCGCAAACCCCAUCAACCGAUCACAAAUACACACAAAAAAAGAGAAGAAAAACAAAUGAUCACACGUUUUAAUUGUUAUCACAAACUCUCUCACACUCACACAAGCGAAACCCUCUAAAAAAAAUGAGAGAUAAAGUAAGGAAGCGAAAAAUCACGCGCGGCGCAAUUUUGUGCAGGAAAGGCCAAAAUUCUAAUUAACGAAAAAAAAAGCAAACAUACACAACAACAACAAAGCACAGAUGUGAUGCAGUCGCAGCCUUGAAAAAUAAAACAAAUACACACACGCUAAAAAAAAAUAAAAAUGAUGGCUUGGCCGGAAGCGGAGUUAGUUGAACCGUUUCGCCCGACUUUGAAGGACUUUGAAGUGUGUGUGGCGUGUGAGGUAAUAAGAAAGAGAGGGAGAGCGAUAAAAAAAGGUAAAAUUAGAGAAGAAAGAUGAUUUGUAUUUUAACGAGAGGUUUAAAUCAUUACUAGUGACGAGCAAAGUGUAAUUAAAUCGUAAGCGGAACGUAAAACAAAAGAGUUAUAAUAAAAAAAAAAGAAAA